UUUCUCGUUUCCCCUUUGCCUCUCUCCGCCCAUCGGUUCUUCGCCAAUUAGCCCUCCCCUCUCACCCCCUUUUUAUUUUGUUUUCUUUUUCCAUUAAAAAAAAUAAAUAAAUAAAUCUCUUUAGUUUUUCUCUGAGCGAUCGUACUCUCUGCUCACCAAAUCACCUUCGAACUUCUCCACGCAAUAAAGCCCGUCCCCAAGGAAAAAAGGUAAAAUUUUCGAAUUAUUCUCGGAGAAACCCUAGCUUCAUUUUGGGUGCACGCAGCUUCUUCUACUUCCAAUCUGCGGCUGAAGUCUUCGGAGUCAUGACUUCUUCCGUGAAUGAUUUGUCUGAUAGCAGCGGACCUAAUGAGCAGCAAAAGGAGUCCCAACCUGUGGCUCAAAAUCAGACUCCUCCAAAUGGAAGUUUUCAACCGGGCAUGCCACCAUCCUCUCUAUACAUGAUUCCUCGUGGUCAAGUUGAAGAGGGACAUGCUUUGGCUCAAACGGCAUACCCUUAUAUAGAUCCAUACUAUGGAAGUAUGAUUGCUGCAUAUGGUGGUCAAGCUGUGAUGCAUCCCCAUAUGAUUGGAGUGCUUCAGCCAGGGGUUCCAUUGCCGACUGAUGCAGUUGAAGAGCCUGUUUACGUCAAUGCAAAGCAAUACCAUGGUAUUUUGAGGCGCCGGCAGUCUCGUGCAAAAGCUGAAUCAGAAAAUAAGUUGAUAAAAAGCCGGAAGCCUUACCUACACGAGUCUCGUCAUUUGCAUGCUCUGAAGAGAGCGAGGGGAUGUGGAGGUCGAUUCCUGAACUCCAAGAAGAAAGGUGGAGACCAACAGGAAGACGAGGCUCAAACUGGCAACCAUCUGUCCUUGGAGAAUUUAUGCCGAGAGAAUCCCCAGAGUGCACAUGUUGCUGAAUCCAAUAAAAAGGAGAAUCCUUCAUCAGGAUUGUAAGAUCAAGAUAAUUGCAGAAAGAAAAUAAGGGGGGAGACGUGUAUAAUAUUUACUGGAAUAAUCUGUAGGGUUGUAGCUUUUAAGGUUUGAGUGGCGUCUUUUAUUUCAUUUUAUUCUUUUCUUUUUCUUUUUUAAAUAAAGUUCUAGGUUUAAGUUGAUGACCCUUUGCGUUUGAUUGUUCUGUUCUUGUACCAGUUGAGCACUUUGUGAGUUAUUGUAGCUCCUUUUAUUGGGAGUUUGCCAUGCAUGUUGUAAAGUUGUAGGUAGUAAUAGUCUCGUGCCCUUUAUGACUGA